UGUGUGACGACGGGUGGCUAGCGGUAGCCGAAAGAGUAAGUGCUACACAAAUCCCAACAUCGUUCACCGCUUUGUACGAAUGUUAUGAUGGUUAUGCUCACCACGCCACAGACAAACACACUGGAAAGAGCAGUAUGAAGGUGGUCGGGAUUGUCCUCAGAAAAGAUAGUUGUUUCCGCGAUCCUAGUCAUUAUUUCAGAAGUCACCUGAGCAUGGAGUUUAGAUCUUUUCUUUGAUCAUUUGUCCAGCACAUAGUCAUUCAGUAUUUUGUAGAUUCGGUUAGAUCAGUGUGUGGUCGAAUAUUUGACGUCAAACAUCUUUGAGCUGCUUGAAAACCUUCUCCAUCACAGCGGGUAGCACGGAAUCGCCGAGGUGUUUUCGAGUGAGGACUGCAGCAUGCCAAGUGCUCCAUACGAUAAGACGGCCCUGCUGCUGCUGCUACUGCUUGUCCUAGCGACGUCCCAGGCAGCGAAUGCACAGCCCGCCCCACUGAGCAUAUUCGACCUGAUCAAACUGAUAGGUAAGCGCACAGAUGAUCCGUGCAUGAAGGGCACGCACAACUGCACCGACAAGCAGUCGUGUCACUCGCGAUUCCAGAACCCGCUGCAGCUGUGGAACGACACCCUGCCGGGGCGCUUCCUGUGCAACGAUGACGUACUAUGCAAAGAGGGAUUUUCUAGCGCUCGCAACGACAACAACGACUUCUAUUGCCAAGACAUAGAGGAGUGUUUAUUCGGCGGUCAUACAUGCUACGAAUACCGUGCAUACUGCAUCAACACACCCGGCUCAUUUCUGUGUGAAUGUCAUGAGGGAUACAUCGGUGAUGGGCAGCUAGUCUGCAAUAAUGUUGAUGAAUGCAGCUUAGGUACACAUGCAUGUCACGAGUCAUCGGAAUGCGUUGACACGAUCGGGUCCUUCGGAUGUCCUUGCAGGACAGGCUUUCUGGGCGAUGGCCAUCUGGAAUGUAUGGACCUAGAUGAGUGUCGAUACAACCUGCAUAACUGCGGCGACCCGGCACAGGACAACACCACGAAUUGCCACAACACGCCGGGCGCCUUCCGCUGCGAGUGUGGACCCGGCUGGGCGGGCAACAGUAGUGGAUGCACUGACAUUGACGAAUGUAGUAGUGCAGCUGCGUUGAGUCCGUGCGGUGCUGCUGAGAACAUGCAAUGCAGCAACACUGCGGGCAGCUUCACCUGUGCGUGUGCCGACGGCUAUCGCCUGCACGAGUCCUUGGUGGAUGGUACGAUGACUGCCGUCUGUGUGGACGAGGACGAAUGUGCAAAUCCUCACGCUGCCUGUGAUGCCAAUGCCCUGUGUGCCAAUAUACCUGGAUCGUAUACAUGUGAAUGCAAGGACGGCUUUUCCGGCAAUGGCCAUCGAUGUCGUUCAGUCACACAGCGCAAGUGUCAGGUCAGCGGAUGGGGACCAUGGUCCAACUGUAAAUUCGCAUGUCACCCCCGCCGACGUCGACGCCAUCGCCGGCUGCUUUCUCCGCCCGCUCCUGGGCAGGUUUGUCGGCUGGUCCAGGUAGCAGUGUGCCCCACGCUCAAAUGUGACUACCGCUUUGACUACGAGACGCAGGAGUAUCCGGGAGUUGUCCGCGACCCGUCGCUUGUGCCGGUCUACGUGUACACAGGAUUUCAUCCAGGUGACUGUGAAGUGACACGCUGGGGCCCGUGGUCCGAAUGUUGUGCACCGAUCAGCCGGCACAGCGAAAUCACCAACUCUGCAGGCGUGAUGGAAGGUGAGGGCGGGGUUAUGACCAGCCGCCAUCGAAAUAUUGUGCGGCCAGCGUCGCGGCAUGGUAGAAUCUGUCCACCCCUUUUCGAGGUGAAGCCGUGUAUGAGCCGGAAGCCUUGUAACAAUCAGUCUUGAGUCCCACCACCACCAGUCGCUUUGCUCUAUCAGUGUUGAGACAAACUUCUGUUCAUGCUUGUGAACUAAUUCUUCAAUUUUCUACAUACUGAACUGGACAGAACUCUAGAUGUCUAUGUGAUUCUCAGAAUAAGUUUCUGCAUUUCUCUCAAGUAGGGAGAAUAUUUUUACUGCUUGCUUUUCUUUGCCUUUUCCACCCCAAAGUAAAUUAUCCGCUAUUUGAUUUCUUUGGUUGUUUUUGUUCCCCGAAAUGAGUCUCCGCUGCUGACUGCCCGCGGCUUGUCAGCAAAGCAACUGUGGAAGGUUUUUGUCACGAUGUGCAUACACGUGUGCCUUGGUGUGCUGAGCUUUGUGUACGCUUCUCUCAGUCAUUGCUGUGUGGUGUGUAGUUUACAGCCGCGGGUGAGUCACGUCAGGCGGCGGUAGCGCCAGAGGGUAUUGCCUAGUUCGUAAUCGUGAAACCUCUGGUACGUUUCCACUUCUCUUGUCGGUGAUGUACAGGAAAUUUUAACGAUUUUAUGGAUUUUGUCCUCAUACCCCUCUACUUGCGAGCACGUGUGUAUUCAAACCAUUGCAUCAAUGUUUUCGCAACUCACUUCUGAAAGGAACGGCACUUGAAUCUCCACCCCAAGUUUUGAAAAUUA